AUGGAAGCAAACUCUACUCUGGGCGAAUGCGCCGCACCCUUCCUCCAGUUCAACUGUACAGGCCCAGGUCUCGAGCCAACGGACCAGGCCUUGGUGCUGUCCAUUUUGAUCCUCUUCAUUGCGGCCACCAUCAUUGGUAACCUCCUCAUCGCUUGCGCCGUGCUCCGCUUCAGGCAGCUGCAGACGCGCACCAACGCGGUGACGACAUCGCUGGCAGUGGCCGACCUCCUCGUGGGCGCCGUGAUCAUUCCCUGCAGCAUGACGCACGAGGUCUACAGGUGCUGGUUCUUCGGACAGAUCUUCUGCAGGAUCCACUACUUCAUGGACUACUGGUUUACCAACGCCUCCAUCCUCCACCUGGGCUGUAUCGCCUUCGACCGCUACGUGGCCAUCUGCGACCCUCUGCGCUACCAACAGCGGGUGACCAACCGCACGGUGGCGCUCAUGCUCCUGAUGUGCUGGCUGUGCUCGGCGCUCUUCUCGGCGCCCAUCCUCGUCAGCUUGAGUGACGUUUUAUCGAACGGAGUCAUGGAUAGGACGUCUUGCCCGGACGAGUGCGUGUUCAUCGUCAACUUGGGCCUCACAUUUGUCAUCGGCAUUUGCCCCUAUUUCUUGUCCUUCAUCAUCCUGUCCCUGGCGUACGCCAAGAUCUUCAGGGUGGCUCGCGCUCAGGCCAGUCAGAUUCACGCUGCGGGUAAGCAUGGCGCUGACUCCUCUUCCUCCGCCUCCAUUGUGGGAGACGCCAACAGCAAACGCACGUGGCUGGCCAUGAAGCGCGAGCACAACGCGACCAAGACCUUGGGCAUGAUCAUCGGCUUCUUCCUGCUGUCCUGGCUGCCCUUCUACAUCAUCAGCGUGGUGGACGUCAUCAUAGACUACCAGACGAACGCUGUGCUCCGGCGGACAGUAACGUGGGUUGGCUACUUCAGCUCGGCGGUCAACCCCGUUCUGUAUGCCUCGUUCAACCGCCCGUUCCGCACCGCCUUCCGCGACCUUGUCAGUUGCAGGGCCUUCGCAGUGGGGGCACGGAAUAAGGACCUAUUUGGAUCGUAGCACAAAUCAAGGGUUCCCAAACUUUCCCAAGGCGCGAACC